GGCAGUCCAGAGCAAGAGGGACUACGCCUGCUUGCCUGAACAACAUGAAGAUACACAUUUGGCUUCAGAACACCUCGUACUGCGCUCAAAACAUGCAGGAUGAUUUACUGAUGGACAAAAACAAAGCUCAUCUUCACCAGCAGCAAGACACGUUAAAUAUAGAGCCUCCAUCCACCCCGACCCCCUCCGACCCGCAGAUCCCGGACGAGCAGAACCACGAGCGGAUCGCCAUGGAGUCUCCGGUGUUGCCGGGUUUGGGUUUUCAUCAGGACUCCGUCGGAUCCUCUCUAUCGCCGUCGUUCGCCAGCACCUGGUCCACCAACACCGUAGACGAGAGCGUUUUCCAAGGGAUUCCAUCGGUAAACGCGACGAUGCUUUUCCAAAACUUUCCCCAUCACGUCAGUCCGGUGUACGGAGGUAAUUUCUCUCCCCAGAUGAGAAGGUCUCCGGUGAACGUCAACCAGAGGAACCCCUACAGCCACCAGACCAUCAUCAAUAAAGUGUCCGCGUCGUCCGCCUCGGCUUCCGCCUGGAAUAAUCACCAGAACGCGGUGUGGAGCACCGCGGCGAACCCCUGGAGCGGCAGAGACCCGCGGAGAGCGCUCGGUCUCGGCAUCCCGGCUCGGCUCAACCCCGUUUCCCCGAGCAAGAAACCCUUCCCGACCAAUGUCAUCGCGCCCCCGAAAUAUCCGAGACCCGCAGCCCUGCAGAAGCCCUGGAUGAUCGAGCCCACGGAACCAUUCAGAACCGACAACAGCAACAACUUGCUGCCAUUUCAGGAUAGGAAUCGAUCCUUUGACCCAUUUAGUUUGCAAACUUUGGAGAAUUCCUUAAUGGACAUGAUUAGGACAGACCAUGACAAAGGUCGCAUGGGUCUGAACUUUCACCAUCCAGGAGCUGAACAUAUAUUACCACUGAACACCAGGAGUUAUGGGCGCAGAAGAGGUCGCUCUUCACUGUUUCCGUUCGAGGACGGUUUCCUGGACGACGGUCACGGCGAUCAGCCCCUCACCCCUGGCCUGAGCUCCCCCAACCGCUGUCAGAACGGAGAGUGAAUGGAGCGUUACUCCAGGAAGGUGUUUGUGGGUGGUCUGCCACCGGACAUCGAUGAAGAUGAGAUCACCAACAGUUUCCGUCGCUUCGGACACCUGGUGGUGGACUGGCCACAUAAAGCAGAAAGCAAAUCUUAUUUUCCCCCUAAAGGUUAUGCGUUCCUGCUCUUUCAGGAGGAGAGUUCAGUCCAGGCUCUUAUUGACUCCUGUAUCGAGGAGGACGGGAAACUCUACCUGUGUGUCUCCAGUCCCACUAUCAAAGACAAACCAGUCCAGAUUCGCCCGUGGAAUCUUAGCGACAGUGAUUUCGUGAUGGAUGGUUCUCAGCCUCUGGACCCACGCAAGACCAUCUUUGUGGGAGGUGUUCCACGGCCUCUGCGUGCAGUGGAGUUGGCUAUGAUUAUGGACAGACUGUAUGGAGGUGUGUGUUACGCUGGCAUUGAUACUGACCCAGAACUCAAAUACCCUAAAGGGGCGGGCCGGGUGGCCUUCUCCAAUCAGCAGAGCUACAUCGCAGCCAUCAGCGCCAGAUUUGUUCAACUGCAACAUAAUGACAUUGACAAACGGGUGGAGGUGAAGCCGUACGUUCUGGACGAUCAGAUGUGCGAUGAAUGUCAGGGCGCUCGCUGCGGUGGCAAGUUCGCGCCGUUUUUCUGUGCCAACGUCACCUGUCUGCAGUAUUACUGCGAGUACUGCUGGGCGUGCAUUCACUCCCGCGCCGGGCGCGAGUUCCACAAACCGCUGGUGAAGGAGGGCGGCGACCGACCCCGACACGUUUCCUUCCGCUGGAGCUGAUGUCAGAAUCCAUCUCUCCACCCACCAAACACCUUCAACCAUUACCAGUAACCCGUCAAACACACACCUGGAUCUCCUUCUUUUCCUCCACAUCAUUUUAGAAUCAGUAUCACGGUCUAGUAUAUUCUCUGCUUAUAAACAUUCAGAAAAAACGAAUUUUGAGUCCGCGUGCUCAGAAGUUGCACUUUGGCACAGACAUACGUGACCAGUCGAUGUUAACGCUUGUAAGGAUGUUGUGCUUGAAAUCUCAUUUUCCUUCGUUCGGUUGCUCUGUGCUCCGCAUAGGUAACAGUAGACAGUGCGAGCAUAAAUAUAUAUAUAUGAAAAUAUAUACAUUAACAAAAAAGGAUCUAUUUUUUAUUGUAUAUUUAUCUAUAUACACAUAGGUUUCGAGUGUCCGAUGGUUUUUUUUUAAGGAGCAUGCACUUAUCGUGAGGAAAAAGAUCUCGUAAAAGAUGAAAAUGUUACCAAAGGUAAAAUCACAUCAUCAUGUUUACGUGGGGUUUAAAAAACACCAGAAUUGGAGUAAAACAUUUAACACAUAAAGCAUAUUUAUAGUAAUACCUCAUGCACGCAUCUUUUUUUUGCUCGUAGGCGUUUAUUUUUAUGACAGAUUUUUAGUGUUAUGUACAAUGCUGCAAUAGAUCUUGCUGCUAAAUGCACGGUAUGAAUCUAUUCAUACUUGAUUCAGUUCGGGGCGUACAGGCACUUUCAUUCUCCCACACGCACAGACGAGUGACAUGGAGCACAAACUGAGCACGACACUGAAAACAAAACAAAAUCACUUCGCAAUCAUGCGUUUCAAACCGAUUGGAUGUAGGAUAUAUCCUUCUAGCGACGUGUCUUUAACAGGUGAAGUAUUUUCUGCAGUGACCGUUCAUAUGGAGUUGUGCAAUUUUUUAUACCGUAUGUAGUUUAGAUGAUAUGACGCCUAGAACUGUGAUUUGCUUUAACUGUUAUCGAUGUCUAACAAAUGGAGGUCCUGUGAAACUUCGUAGCUAGUGUAUGUGUAUGUACACAUGUAUACAUACAGUCCCUCCUCUGAUAGUUCUCAACACAAACCACACACACACACACUUUAGUCAGAUUUGAACCUUCACGUCCCUGCAGGAACCAAAGAGUGCUUUUCCUGUUUCAUGAGCAACAAUACUAGAUUUCACAUCUGUAAUUCUCAAUACCGUGUCUGGUUAGAGGUGAACGAUUCUGGGAGGGAAACGCAAACACUGGCUCUCAAAUCAAUAACGGGCGCGUUACGACCUGCACAUCAUUUCGAUACGACGGCCGCGACGCCGUAACCUGGUGUGACCGCUGUAUUUUUAUCCAGAUUAUCCUGCAAAGCUUGAAGUAGAAUCAUGUUUUCGAAACAAAAUUCAGAAAGGGUUGUUUGGGUUGUGAGGUUGGAGCGUAUUAAGUAUUAUGGGAUGGCUACACUGGGUUCGGAAGGCGGAGUGCCUCUGUAAGCAUCCCGUCGCCCAGAUCGUCAGGUUUAGGGUGAGCAAGCAAAACUAGUUUUGUACCGAUGGAUUGUGGGUAGUCCCGAUGACGGUGAAUUCUGGGAGUCUCCCGGCCCAGAUUUUUUCUACGUUUGUUUCUUCUCUAUAAUAGAUGAUAGUUGUUAUGCACUACUCUUUGUAUCUGGAUGGUUGAACAGUCAGCUUUUUUGUUUAAUAGAAAAAUAUGUGUGCUUUCUGACUGACCUAAUCUUUUGCAAUACCUCAAUUUUGAAAUAGGAGAGAGAGAGAGAUUGAUAUUUUCUAAGUAAGUUUAUUCAAAUAAAGAGUAUAUAAAUUAAUUUAAUUCUGCUAGGAGAAAGUGAUUUAACAUAUAUAGGUCAUUUUAUUUUUGUCAUGCUUGUUUGCUUUUAAUUUUAUUUUUGGAGAAAAAAAAAGAAAAAGAAAAACAAGUGAAGGAGCUAGAGCUGUGUUCUUUUAAUGUAAUACUGUAGGAUUCUGAAGUACAGAUGGCCCCCGCUGAUCACAGUGUUUCACAAACAUCAGAUCUUACAAAUAUUAUAAAUGAUAAAUGUUUAUUAUUCUAUAGGGUCAACAAGGCCGUCAGGUGCUGAUAAAGUCAAAUGAACGUACUACUUCUGUUUUUGUAUAUUUACAAUCAGUCCUCCACUAUUCUAACCCGAGGUGUAAGACAUCUUCUGUUUAUUUUUAUUUUUUAUAUAUAUUUUUCAUGUUUCUUAUAAUGAUGUGUUCCCCUCUGUAUGCCCAGAUUUUUCAACCGUAUAUAAUUUAAGGUAAACCUUUGUUUUGGAAAGUUGAAAAGAAUGUUAAUUUUCAAAAGCUAAAAGAUAUUAGGAAUGAAAGCCCCCGGAUGCAACGGUGAUGCGGUUGCCUUCUACUCACCCAAGACUUGAAUUAGUCCCUUUUUUAAGGCUAAUAAGAACCUUGAUUCUUUGUUGUAAUGUGCAAUACUGUUUGUACUGUUUGUAAAAAAGAAGAAAACAAGAAAAAGAGGCAUAAAUCUUUAUUGCAGAUUUAUUUUCAUUGCAAGCAUCGUGAUUCACGAAAAUCAUUUUCUACUGUGUAUUUACUCGACAUGCUCGUACCUUCCAGUAGUAAUGUAGCCUUUGUACUGAGAAAUUUUUUCAUUAUUUUUAGAGAAUUUUUGCAACAAUAAAAAAGAGAAUUGAAACAUAUUUACGUUAUUUUUUUUAUUUUGUUGUUUCUUUACACACUUAUUCCUCAACCAUUAAUGUUUAGCUGUUUCUGGGGGAGACUUUCAGAUCUGGUCAAUGUUGUGAUAUUAUUUUGUAUUUUUACUUGGAAUAAAUAAAUUUUAUGCCGCUAAUUCUUUUUUAAAUCCUUAGUUCAUUUUUUUAAGCUGAGAACUUUGUAAAUUGUAACUUAAUGCUUAGAUUUUUGAAAUGCAAAGCUCUGUGAAGUUGCAUACGUUAGUGUGACAAGGUAUGAAAAAAUGCACACAAACAUUUGGAAUCACGGUAACAUAAUGUGAUUAAUAUAUAAGAAAUGAAUGGGCAAUAAAAAUGAUGGUAAAAUGGAGCAAAUGUGAGGUUGUUGUGAUGAAACCCGGUCAAGACGUUUUAUGAUCGCUGGCUGCUGCCACAUAAAACUUUCCUGCUGGAAACUUGUCUCAUGUAUUUAGCAGAAUGGGCUUGAUCUUAUCACAUGAGGCUCACUUCGUGACCGUAGUUGCGUCUUAGCGCGUUCAUUUUUUCACAUGUAUUGAAGUGUUUCUUCCAAAGGAUAAGAGUACCCAUGAAAACAAACCUCAGGAUGUGCUUGAUUGCUUUUUGUGUCUUAGAUUUAGAUGUACACCCCCCUCUUGACAGGUUACAUUUAUUCAUAACAUUGAUCACAGAUUCUCAUGAAAUUUUUUAUAACCCAAUAAUAACCUUUAAUGUAUGAGUCAUGAAACAUUUCCUGUAUUAAAAAAGGAUUUCUAUAAUCUAUGGUCUUUUUGGCUUGUGGUUUUUCUCUUCUGCCACACUUUUCGCUCCAUUUGUCAUUUUGUAAUAAAAAUAUUUAAAAAGAAUUAACUUAUUGAUAGAUGACCUCACUAUCUUUGUCCCCAGUGUAACUUGAUUUUAGAAUUUCACUUUCAUCUUUGCAAGGCUUGAGAUUGUUAACUUGGACCUCUGCUUGUCUACAUUUGCAGUAAAACUGUGAUUCAACAAUUUGAAAUAAAAUGAAAGCAGUGCUGCUAACA